GUGGGAACUUGGUAUUGAGCUACCAGCUAACAUCCUUGAGUCGAAGUCUGAUCCCAUCUAUAUUUGCUUGUCCCUAACGUUAGCUGACUGUCCCCGCAUCAUGUUUCGAGCCGCCGUCCGACUUUCAGUGUCCGGUGCCCGGAGUUUGACACGGCCACAACUCGGACUUACAGCUCCCCUGGUCCAGAGGUGUUACGCCCAUGGUGGGAAGCUGGAAUCGGACGAGGAGUUUGAUGCCCGCUGGGUAACCUAUUUUAACAAGGCAGAUAUUGAUGCUUGGGAGCUGAGGAAAGGGAUGAACACGCUGAUUGGAUACGACCUGGUGCCUGAGCCUAAGAUCCUGGAAGCAGCUCUCCGAGCCUGCCGCAGAUUAAAUGACCUGGCUAGCGCCAUACGUAUCCUGGAGGCUGUCAAGGACAAAUCUGGCCCCCACAAAAAAAUCUACCCAUACUUAAUUCAGGAGCUGCGACCAACACUAGAUGAGCUUGGUAUCUCUACACCUGAAGAGCUUGGCAUGGACUAAGUAUAGAUGGUUUUCUCUGGGCUGCUGUUUUCUCUGGGACUCUCUGGGCUGCUGUUUUCUCUGGGACUCUCUGGGCUGCUGUUGUCUCUCUGGGAACCUUGUACUUCGUCUUUGCCUCGUAUAAAUGUGAUAUUUAAUUUGGGCCUUUAUUAAGUUAUUUUGCUUGUAAAAUAUUGAUGAACCUAAUAAAGGAAAACAUACAUAUUUUUUAUUUUA